AUGCGUCUUUUGCAGCUUAACGAUGCCGGGGAAUUCAGCCUGGUUGAAUAUGUUGGGAAGAGUAUUCCACCUUACGCUAUUCUUUCACACAGAUGGGGAGCGGAUGAUGAGGAAGUGACUUUUAAAGACAUAGUGAAAGGUACAGGCAAGAGCAAAGCUGGCUAUACAAAGAUCCAAUUUUGUUGGAAACAAGCUGCCAGGAACGACCUCCAACACUUCUGGAUAGAUACCUGCUGCAUUGACAAGUCAAGCAGCGCUGAGCUUUCAGAAGCCAUCAACUCCAUGUUUUGCUGGUACCAGGAUGCAGCAAGAUGCUACGUGUAUCUGCCUGAUGUUUCAGACAGCCCUCCUAAUGAAGAUGGCAAAUCCUCUCAGAGAUGGAAACCAUCAUUUAAAAAAAGCAAAUGGUUUAGUCGUGGCUGGACACUUCAAGAGCUUAUUGCCCCGGCAUCCGUUGAGUUCUUCUCCAAGCAGGGAACACGGCUUGGCGACAAGCGAUCACUAGAACAAUCUCUCCAUGAGAUAACAGGAAUCGCCAUUCAAGCCCUUCGAGGAAGCCCUAUGUCUUGUUUUACAGCGGAUGAGCGCAUGUCAUGGGCUGCAAGACGAGAGACAAAACGCGAAGAGGAUGCGGCAUAUUCUCUGCUAGGCAUUUUUAACAUCCACAUGCCACUUAUAUACGGCGAGGGACAGAAGAAAGCGUUUAUUCGGCUGCGGAAGGAGAUCGAAGAGCGGCCCGCUAAGCCCCUGCCGUCCUCGACCGUCCCCUUCCGGCGGGACGACAACUUCAUUAGCCGCGACAGCCUCGACAGGGUACGCCAGAUCUGCGCCAGGCCAGCAGCUCGCGCGGCGCUCGUCGGACUUGGAGGCGUUGGGAAGUCCCAGAUCGCCAUUGAAUAUGCCUACCAGGUGCGGGACGAGUUGCAGGGCGGGUCACCGAUGACAUGGGUGUUCUGGGUGCACGCCGGUACGCAGGCGAGGUUCGAGGAGGGCUAUCGUAGAAUUGCUGAGACAACAAGGAUAGACGGCUUCGACAGCCCGAAAGUGGAUGUUCUGCGGCUCGUCCGCAACUGGCUCUGCGACGAGUCGAACGGGCGAUGGGUGAUGAUUGUUGACAAUGCUGACGAUUCGGCCAUCUUCUUCCCUCCACAUUACGAAACACAAGCUAGUGGAGUUAGUAGUCCAGGUCAGGCAGCAGAGCCGCUGUCAGACUUCCUACCGCAAUCGCCAAAUGGGUCCAUCCUCAUCACCUCUCGGAGCCGAGAUGUGGCGCGCAGACUAACGGGGCGCGGAGAUUGCCUCGUGGAGAGAGCGCCGCGUAUGACCAUCUCGCGAUAUAUAGACGAAGUUUGCAGAAACGACCACGACCGAGCCCGUCUGCUUACAAAGGACGUAGGAGACGAUCGCAGGGACGGCAGAGCGUCUAAUUCCAUCAUUGCCACCUGGCAGAUCUCGUUCGCACACAUCCGGAAGGCGAUGCCCACGGCGGCUCGACUAUUGUCGCUGAUGAGUCUUUUCGACAGGCAGGGGAUUCCGGAGUCGCUUCUCCAUAAUCGAUAUUGGCGAGAUGAUGGUGCCAAGGCCGACUUUGAAGAGGAUAUCCACACAUUAACUAGCUUUUCGCUAGUUGAGAUGAGCGCAGAUGGGCACGAAUUUGAGAUGCACCGGCUGGUGCAGUUUUCGACAAAGAAAUGGCUAGAACUGUAUGAUGAACUAGAGGAAUGGAAGGAGGCGUACGUAACACUGAUGGACGACAGCUACCCGGUGGGACGGCACGAGAACUGGGUGGUGUGUCAAGCGUUGUUUCCGCACGCGCAAUCAGUGGCAGCCUGUCGGCCAGCGGGCGGACGGACAGUUCAGGCGUGGGCGUCGGUUUUGUUUAAGGCCGCGUGGUAUGCAGGCGAUAUGGGAAAGUAUAAAGAAGCAGAGGAAAUGGACCGAGCGCUGGAGGGGAGGGAGAAGGCGCUGGGGAAAGAGCAUCCCAACACGCUAACGAGCGUAAGCAACCUAGCGUUGGUGCUGCAAUACCAGGGGAAGUACGAGCAGGCUGAAGACAUGAACCGACGAGCGCUGGAGGGGAGCGAGAAGGCGCUGGGGAAAGAGCAUCCCGACACGCUGACGAGCGUCUACUGCCUGGCGUACUUGCUACACCAGCGGCAGCAGUAUAAAGAUGCAUCACCACUCUACCAGAGAGCCUGCGCUGGCUAUCAAGAGAAGCUUGGACCAGAUCAUCCAACUACUCAAGCAUGUAUGGAUCAUUACUCUUCGCUUCAACGGCUAUGGAAGUUAGAGGCUUUAGGAAGCAAGAGUAACGUAUCCAUAGAUGUAAGAGGUGAUAGUAUACACUCGCUAUCCACAUCUUAA